GAAAUAUCCACACCGUUCAGUAGAACACCUAAAGUUUGAGUAGAAGGGUCCCAGUUUAGCCAAGAAGUAAAAGGAACAGUUUGCCAAAUGGAUUAUCCGGGAAUUAAACGCGUAUUGUUUUCCUAUGUAUUUAUAAACGGCAUAUUUAUUACGUUACAAAGUAAAGAAGAAGUGCUUUUGGACAUGAAGGCAUCUGGAAGUGAACUGGGCUGGUUGACAUGGCAUUCAGAACAAGGGGACAAGCAAGGGUGGGAGGUCGUCCAGAGGACCAUCAACGGUUCUCAGUUGUACACCUACUCUGUGUGUAACGUGGGGGAGCGCGAGGAGGACAACUGGCUCCGCACCACCUUCAUCCAGCGCCGUCCGUCUGCCUCGCGCGUCUUCGUGGACCUGGAGUUCAUCGUGCGCGACUGCAACUCCUUCGGCGGUCCCUCGCUCACCUGCAAGGAGACCUUCAACCUCUUCGCCUCCGAAGCGGACGCCGACGUGGGCACCAGCUUCCGCAAGAGCCAGUUCAAGAAGGUGACCACCAUCGCGCCCGACGAAAUCACCGGCAAUAACGAGCUUCGCAUCAACAUGGAGACCCGGGUGGUAGAGAACCUGUCCAGGAAGGGCUUUUACUUGGCGUUCCAGGACAUCGGGGCCUGCGUUGCUCUCCUCUCCGUUCGAGUCUACUACAAAACCUGCCCGGCAACGGUGGAGAGCCUGGCCAAGUUCCCCGAGACAGUGGCCGGGGUGGACAACCAGGCGGUGAGGGAGGUGGCAGGGGUGUGCGUGGAGAACGCCGUGAGCGAGGAGUCGCCCGUCAUCUACUGCACUCUGGAUGGGAAGUGGGUGGUGCCUGUGGGGCAUUGUCAGUGCAAGCCAGGCUAUGAACCUGUUGGCAGCGAAUGUCAAGAGUGUCGGCCAGGGUUCUUCAAAGCCUUGGCGUCCAGCAAGGAGUGCGAGGUGUGUCCUGCCAACACCCAGCUGCUUAGCUCCGGAGCACUGCUCUGCGCCUGCAUGGAGGGCUUCUACCGAGCCCCGGACGACCCCCCUACAGGCCCCUGCUCAGGCCCGCCUUCGGAGCCUCGUGACCUGGUUGCCACGACCACUCAGCUAGCGGCGGGCCGGCUGCUUCUCACCUGGACCGCGCCUCUGGACACGGGCGGGCGCAGUGACAUCACCUACAGUGUGGAGUGUCGCCGGUGCGACGGCGCCGCCUGCCAGCCUUGCGGGGAGAAGGUCCGCUUCGAUCCGGCCAGCGGAGGCCUAACGGACACCCAGGUGUCGUUGAGCGACCUGGAGCCCCACCUCAACUACACCUUCACCGUGGAGGCCUACAGCGGCGUGUCUCAGAUGGCCAGCCAGGCGACGCCACGCAUGGGCAACCGGUCGCCUUACACCAGCACCCUUACCACCGCCCUGGACUACACAGAGCCCCCCAAGGUGACCUCCAUGCGUCUGGACGAGCGGACCUCCACCAGCCUGUCUCUCUCCUGGAUGGUGGCCCCCCGCAGGGCUCAGCCCCGGCCCAUCCAAUACGAACUUAUCUACCGCAAGAAGGAUGACAACGUGAACAUGUACACCGUGUUGGUACUGGACAAGAGCUCAGCCCAGAUCAUUGACCUUACCCCAGGCACGGCCUACCUCUUCAAGGUGCAGCCCUUCCCUAAUGAGGGCGUUCCUGGGGGCUCCAGCAUGGAGGACGAGUUUGAGACGAUGUCUGAACCUUCUUCGGCCCAGAACAACACAGCGGUGAUCUUCGGCGCAGCUGCAAUCGUAGCAGCCGUGUUGUUCGUCGUGGUGGUGGUCCUGCUCGUACGGAAACGGAGAAGGAACUCUCAUGCAAGACAAGGACCAGAAGACACAUAUUUUUCCAGCUCAGAGCAACUGAAGCCGUUGAAGACCUAUGUGGACCCACACACUUACGAAGACCCCAACACGGCCGUCCUCAAGUUUGCCAGUGAGAUUCAUCCAAACCAUAUAACCAAGCAGAAAGUCAUUGGAGCUGGGGAGUUUGGAGAGGUGUACCGUGGUAUUCUGAAGACUCCGAGUAGGAAGGAGGUGGCGGUGGCCAUUAAGACCCUGAAGCCCGGCUACUCAGAGAAGCAAAGACAGGACUUCCUGAGUGAGGCCAGCAUCAUGGGACAGUUCUCUCACCAGAACAUCAUCCACCUGGAGGGGGUUGUCACCAAAUUCAAGCAUGCCAUGAUCAUCACCGAGUAUAUGGAGAAUGGAGCUCUGGAUAAGUACCUGAAGGACCACGACGGUGAGAUUUCGUCCUUCCAGCUGGUGGGCAUGCUGCGGGGCAUUGCGGCUGGCAUGAAGUACCUGUCAGACAUGAGCUAUGUCCACAGAGACCUGGCUGCUCGCAACAUCCUGGUGAACAACAACCUCGAGUGCAAGGUGUCCGACUUUGGGCUGUCCCGAGUGCUUGAGGAUGACCCCGAGGGCACCUACACCACCAGUGGCGGUAAGAUCCCCAUUCGCUGGACAGCUCCGGAGGCCAUCGCCUACAGGAAGUUCACCUCUGCCAGUGAUGUGUGGAGUUUUGGCAUCGUUAUGUGGGAGGUGAUGGCCUUCGGGGAGCGGCCCUACUGGGACAUGAGUAACCACGAGGUGAUGAAGGCCAUCAACGAGGCGUUCAGACUGCCGGCACCCAUGGACUGUCCGUCGACAGUGUAUCAGCUGAUGCUCCAGUGCUGGCUACAGGACCGUUCCAAGAGACCGCGCUUCCCAGACAUCGUCAGCCUGCUGGACAAGCUGCUUCGGAGCCCCGACUCCCUGAAAGCCAUCGCUGACUUUGACCCACGGGUGUCCAUUCGCCUGCCUAGCACCAGUGGUUCGGACGGCUCCCCCUUCAGGUCGGUGUCAGAAUGGCUGGAGUCAAUUAAGAUGAGCCAGUACAGCGAGAACUUCUCCUGUGCUGGUGUAGUCACCAUGGAUCAGGUGCUGCAGAUGAAAAAUGAGGAUAUCAAGAACAUUGGCGUGAGACUGCCCGGCCAUUUGAAAAGGAUCGCCUACAGCAUCUUGGGACUGAAAGACCAAACCAGCACCCUGAGUGUUUUUGCAGUGUGACCUGAUCCUACUGUCACAGGAAUUUGAAUCGGACACUGAAAUGGGCAGCCCUCAGACUGAACUUUAAACUAAGCUGAGCUGGAUGAAGCUGCGGGGACGGCUUUGGACUGGCAAAGCCCGACGAUCAUGACCAGCCAAAAGAGACUGACUUGCUGUACUUGGAGAUUUGUACCAGAUUACAGAUUCUGUAUCAGAUAACAGAUUUGUAACAGUUCAAUUUAUCCAUACAAAAAAAAGACUGGGUAAAAAUACACAGUAACAGAUGGGCCAGUUAGCCUUUGUAGAUGAGAGUUAUAUAUAUUUUAUUAUCCAUGUCUUGUGUUCACAUACAAGCCAUUUCUCAAGCUUUGUAUAUUUUCUUCUUUGCAUUCCAACUUUAACCCACACAUAAUAUCAAGUGUUUGAAAGCAAUCGAGUCAACCAAGCGAAACCUUUCCUGUUAAGGCUGGUGUGUUAAAUAAAAACGUUUCGGUUGUCUCUCGUAGCUGCAGGCCCCAUGAUUGCCAAAGACAAAAAGGACACACAAUGACAUUGAUCUGCUCAAUCGAUGAGACUCUGUGGGGGAAAAGUGGUCUGCUGUAGCAUUCUGGGAAAGAAAGCCAGUUGGUGGUAUUGUCUCACGAGAGUAGAGUAAUAACACCAUAGUCCACAUCGUCUCCUGAGGACGGACUGAAACAUGCACGUGCUGGCCAUAGAAGUUAACAAGUUGCAUAGGUUUGAUUUGAGAUCUCCAUAAAGUUGGAUAUUGUUGGCUGUUGCCAUGCCAACUACUGGCUUACUUUAGAUUUUAAGCUAUGAUCUAAUAACGAGUUAAAAACAGAAAAGAAAUGAGGUACUCAUGUUUAGUUUUUAGGUUUUGUUUUUGCUCUCACUGCUUGUUCAAAAACAUCACUUAUGUAGCACUUAUAUCAGUUAGAAUCCAUUGUUCUUGGUUGGGUUUGAUAACAUUUGAUUAAUUUGUAAUUAUUUGUAUUCAUGUUUUAAGUUAAUGAGGAAACAGACAAAUAAAAUACUAUGCUUGAAUUGAAUAAAUAUAUCUGGAUUACCUUUCAAAUGCAUUGUGUCGAACUUCAGCAAGUUAGGAAUACAUUGUGUGCAAGAUCUUUUUUCAAUCAGUAAACAAAACAUAUGCUUUCUACAGAUAACUUUUGUUAUGUCUCUGAUGACUUCAUAUAAUGUAUAUAUUAGCUUGGUUUCCAAUUUCAAUGUGACCAGAUUUUUACAUUUUACAAUGAAACUGGAUAUUCUAUUUUCAUUGAUUUUGAAGUUUAGUAAAAGAAAAUGUCAAGAGAACAGUUUGCUUUGACAUUGCAUAUCCUGAAUCCACUUCAUGCAUUCCACUGAGUGGAUAGAUUCUCUGUUUAUGGAAAUACCUUGGAUGCCUCAAAUAUUCCACCUGCCCAUGCUUAUUUUACCACAAUGCUCUUAAAUAAUGACUGCAACUCAUUUUGUUACUGAAUCCCUCCCCAUUACUUGAAUUUUGUGUUUUAUUUCCCUCAUAUAUGCAUCCGUAAAAAGUUUGACAGCAUUUUAAUUUAGUGUGGUAGAUAUCUAGUCCUCAUUGUUAAAAAGGGAUUAUUUUCUUUCUUUUUACCUUAUAUUGUUUUUGACUUGAGAAUCUGACCCCAUGACCCCUACAAUUCUUACUAGAUCUGUCUUUCUGACAAAUAGCAGUUGCUUCAUUCUUUCUCUUUUCUCCACUGUUUUGUUUUUACUUUAUUUAAUAGCCUAUUUAUUUUUUACUUGUAUUUAUUUUCAUAACAUUGAGUUGGGAUUUAUGCAUAAUUGAAGGUUGUUUUUCAGUCACAAUAAAAAAAAUCUCUUUUAUCCAUCA